AUGGGAACUGUUUUACCCAGGUUGUCUGGCCGGCCUCCUCCUCAGUUUGCUGUCCGAGCUCCAAAGAGGUUCUGGGCCGAUGAAAGGUCUGCUCCUUCUUCCGAGAAGAAAAAGGAAAUUUCCUUAAUGCCCCUGUCGCCUUCUUUUGAUAUAAAUGGAAGUGGAGAGAAUGAUCAACUUAUUGUUCCCUUUGAUGUGAAGUACCACUUCCGAAAGUUGGUUCAGGCUGCUUCCUCCAAGGAGGUUAGCCGACCUCCCGCCAAAGCUUCUUCUCAAGCUUCAAAGCCGAGCUCCCGCAGCACCAAGUCGUCUCGGCCAUCUAGCCGUGGUGGGUCGAGCUCAGCUCUUAGGCCUGUUGAAGGGUCUAGGUCUGCUCCAGCCUCCUCAGAGGGCGUGAGGGAAGCUUCCCUGGCUAUUGCGGAGCAGACCUCUGUUGUUGAACAGGUGGAGCGGGGUACUGCCCAUUCUUCUGGAGAGGUAUCGGGGGGAAAAUCUAAGUCCCCUAUUGAAGACAAAGAGGCCUCAGGGACAAGGCUGGAGAUCGUCCUUAUAGAGGACUCAGCUCCAGAGGUUCCUACCCAAGAUGCCCCUGCCCCUGCGAGGACUGAACCUGAGGGUUCUGAGGGCGUUCCGUCAAAGACCGGGGACAAGCGCCCAGCCCCUUCUGGAACAGCUGCCCCAUCUCCUGCUCGGAAGAAGUCCAGGGCUGCUGCAGGGUCUUCUCUGGCUCUUCCUUCCAUUGGGAAAAGAAAAAGUGUGGCUGUCGAGCCUCCGUUGUUUUCUUCUGACAAUUCUCUGAAAGCAUCGGACAUUACCUCCGAGUCUCCGGCCAGUGCUGUUGCUGACUUUCUCAGAGAGCAAAUGUUUGGUGGAGUUACAGAGGCUUCGGACCCUCGCCUUCUUGCCCUGACUGGUCUCUUAGCCAGUUCUACUAAGGAGCAAGCAUCCUUCCAGUCUCACUCUCGUGAGGAGCUCGGAUCCUUGAUUAGGGAAAUGCUUCUGAUGGUGACGGGCCUCCUCAUGGAGGUGGAUAUCCGUGAUCGUUCCCUCCGGGAGUCCGUAGACCGCCGGAUUGAAGAGGCGCGUCUGGAGGAGAACAUAUCUGCAACCAAUGACGCGAGGGGGAAUCUGGUAGCCGCUCGGGAGCAGAUCCAGUCCCUCCAAGUGGAAUUGCACUCUGCACUGGAAGCCCUAAAAAAGGCUGAGGAAAAAGCAGCUGAGACAGCAAAGCAUACCUCGUCCUUAGAAGCAGAGCUGUCUCGGACUCGUGGGGUCCUCAAAGUGUCUGAUGAGAGGGCAGCUGCCUUGGAGGUUCGCUGCAAAGGAGUUUCGGAGCAGCUAUCCUCUAUGGCAGAUGCUCUUCAAGAGAGGAAUGAGGCUUUGAGCCAAAAGGCUGAGGUCCAGCGUCAGCAUGAUGCCUUAAAGGCAGAUCUUGAAGGACUUCAGACUCGUCUGAAUGAAGUGGAAACUCAAAGAGAGAUGGCCCUAGCUCGGGUACAGGAAUUUGUGGCUGAGGCCUGCGAAGCACAUCUUAAUGAGUAUAAAGCCUCUGGUGAAAUGGGAGCGGCUAUUCUUAAGAAAGCCUUCCGCAUGUAUGUGACCGGCUAUAAUCGUGGUUUAAGAGAAGCCAGACACGCUCCUGAUACUCCUUUGGCCGAGCUUCUCAAGUACGAAGCGGACUCAGAUGAUUGCCGGAGGAACAUAUGCCAGCCAACUGAGAUUUCUUCGGAAGAGUCCGAGCUAGAAGGAGAGGACGUGGAAGUCCUUGGGUCGAAGGAUGAUGACCCUGUUUCUGAGGGGGAGAACCCUAACCUUGGGUCAGAGGUUGCUCCUGCUGUUAAUAUUGAGAGCUCUGAUCCAAGGGAUACCGAGCUUCCUGCAGAUAUGACUGCCAAUAGAGAUAAUGUAGGCGAGGAGGUUUUAACUAAUAUAAACAAGUUUCUUCGUUUAUGA